GGAAAAACGGCAUCUUCGCCCGCGACGGCGAAGCAGGAUGGCGAUCGAUCAGGAGGAAGACAACAACAACACGUCGCAGGGCUAAGGAGAAUACACGGCGGCCGCCGGAGCCCUCUCUACCUACAGAUUCACCAAUUAAUCUCUCCACCUGAACCCUCUCUUAAUUGAUUUCAUAGCCCUCCUAGGAAUCGCCAUGGAAUUACUUGUUUGCUCAAAUAACACCGCAUGUCCCGCCCUGCAGGUGCAACGAGGCGGAGGAGGAUCUCCUGCCUAGAGCUUGGCAGCACCGCAGGCGUUGUGAGGAGACGCAAGGUGCCGGUGGUGUGUGCAUUGCUGGUGGUGCUCGGCGAGGACGAGUGCCGAGAGGAGCUGAACAGGACGCGCAAGUGCGCCGCCAAUGUCUUCCGCACCUGUACCCCAUGUUUGAUGGAAGAGCUUUGUACAGAACCGGAGAUUAGGAGGAAUGGACAUACAAGAAACAAUUUAGGAAGAUUCCCUAGGGAAGCAAAAAUUGUUUACUGGUCUGUGUAGGUUCAUUUAGGAAAUUCGAUGAUUGUUGUAAUAUGAAUUUUACAUCCGUUCCAAGAAAAAGUG